AUGGUACCAGCGGUCACCGUCACGAAAGUGCUAUCAAAACAGAAUUACAAUGACUACAAUCUCAUAGAGCCCGAAGAAAAAUACGACUUACGAGAUAACUGCACCAGUAACGGCGUCGCGCACAAAGUAGUUGAUUAUUUUGACGAAGCGAUUCCAAAAAAUGAUCCCAAAUUUCUAGCACCCAUUAGAAGAUGGGAGAAACGUAUGGGAUUCGUGACGCCACUUCGAUGGAUAAACCUAAUUAUUAUUUCUUUGUUUCACAUAUUAACUGUUGUACACAUUCUAUAUUUGGGAUUACGUUAUGGGAUGUCUCCAACAUGGCAGCAUAUACUGUUUGAAAUGCUUGUCGGAACCGUAGGUGGAAUAGGCGUAACAGCGGGCGCGCACCGGUACUGGACACAUAGAUCAUUCAAAGCUACGCUACCACUCGAAAUCAUAUUAAUGAUAAUGUUUUCCAUAUCAGGCCAGAACAAUAUAUUUAACUGGGUGAGAGAUCAUCGCGUCCAUCACAAGAUGUCGGAGACAACGGCCGACCCGCACGACGCACGACGAGGGUUCUUCUUCUCACACGUGGGCUGGCUCAUGAUGAAGAAACAUCCUCUGGUUGUCAAGGAAGGAAAUAAAAUGGACAUGAGCGAUAUCCUCAACAACCCGGUUGUCCAGUUUCACACAAAGUACUUCUAUUUCUUCAAAAUACCAUUGUGUUUCUUAAUACCUAUUGUGAUGAAGGUGAUAUUAUUUAAUGAACCAUGGAGUGUGUGCGUAUCAGGCACAUUUUUACGAUACUUAGUCGCAUUAAAUAGCACAUGGGCAGUAAACAGCUUUGCACAUCUCUGGGGAAACAAACCCUAUGACACCACUAUAAUGCCCGUUGAAAACUGGAAAGUAUCAAUAUUUGCAAUGGGCGAAGGUUGGCAUAACUACCACCACACUUUCCCAUGGGAUUACAAGGCGGCAGAGCUCGCCUACUUCAUAAACAUCUCAACAGCCUUCAUAGACUUGUUCGCGAGCAUCGGUUGGGCAUACGAUCUGAAAAAAGCAUCGCCAUCCCUCAUUGAAGCUGUUGUAAAGAAAAAAGGAUAUAAAAAAUGCUAAAUUAAAUUUAAAUUAAAUACCUUGUUAAUAUUGAAGUGUUUUUUAUCAUUUACAUUGCAAUCAACGUUGCCAUUUUCACUAAAUUUUGGACCAUUCCGCACAUUUUUCCGGGUUUGUUUUGUCUAUUUAAUUAUGCAUCUACGAGUAUCAUCGACACACGACACUUAUUGGAGACAUACUUAAAAAGAAAAAUACUCAAUAAAAUCAGUGUAAUUUUCAAUAUGUUAAAAAAAAUUAAGUAAGUAAAGAUAACAAUUUUUAAAUCUGCUUUUUUCCUUUAUUUCUACAUAAGGGGAUUUUGCGGAGAUUAAGGAUAUUUUUGCCCAGAAUUCGGAGAUUUUCGCUUACUUUUUUGAGGAAUUGAACAAUACUCAUUAGCGACGCUAAUUGCAAUGUAUCGUUUGUCAUUAAUAUUUGUCUAUUUGCCCAAGCAGUGAGGGCAUAACCAAACAAAAUUAAUGUAUAUUUUUAUUAAUUUAUUAUA